UGGGGGGCCCAGUGUGGCCUCGGCUGAUAAAGGUGUCCUGUUUCAGCAGCAAUAGGCAUCGGCUCUCCGCGGUAUGGCUCCCCCUGCAGGUUACACCCGCCCUCUGCACAACGACCCCCCCCCCGCCCCCCUCCACUCCUGAGCUGCAUAUCUCUCUCAUUCAGGCUCAUCUAAUGACGACAGAUUGAGAGAAGCUGGUAGUGAAAUGACUCUUCAGUUCUCUCUAAAUUCAGAGAAACUUGUUUGAUGCGCUAUCGCCUGGAUCAAAGAAGGGCCGGCCAGAGGAGGAGACAUCAUGUUUUGCUGCUUCUUUUUGCGCAUAAGCUGAGAAGAGUGCAGCAGAUGGACUUUGGCACCUGUUCAGCUAAUUAAUCAAUACAAGGAAAUGCCAAAAAAAAAAGUUUCUUGAACUUUCCUUGACAUCCUGCACAUCCCACCGUACUGCUCCAGUUUAGAUUAUUAAAGAUGUUCCACACUUCUUUUGGGCCACCGAUUAUUCAUAUCAAAUAAAAACAGAAGGGAGGGACAUUCUAAUGAAAUGUUGUGGUUUUACAGAGGAUUAGUUUGCAAACACUCCAUAGGUCGUGCCGUAAUUACUCCCUCUGACUCGCGUCAAAGCUGCGCGGGGCGGAGUUGGGAGCGCGCACGGAGCUCUCCGGAGCUCUGUUGAUAUAGGCAGCUCCGUCCUUUCAGGGGAGCUUAUGGCUGAGGACUUUGUAAAGAGAAGAGGACGACAAGGAUCAGUUGAUAGGAAUUAUGCAUUAAUGUGCGUUUAUGUGAAAUACUUCCUACACAGCGGCUGUGAUGAGCUCUAAAUGAAGAAGACGCCGAACCUGCUACAAUGUCACACGCACAGGUUGAGAUACCAGGACGCGGUUUCCCGGGCCUGUCUGUGGAUAUGACCGACGACUGCUUAUCCCGGGUGCCCUCCGUGCUGAGGACGCACGGUUUGGGCGCACGGAGAAACUCUUACGGGCUGCAAAAAAUUAGUAUGGACAUUGAUUCGCCUCUUUACAGCGGGGCCCUGUCCAAAGCCUUGUCCUGGUCAGCGGAGAAUAUUCUAACACUGCCUGAGUCCAGAGCAGAGGACGAAAAAGCUGAUGAUUCUCCACCGUCUCCGUCCCCAGUUUCCAGCCCGGGGACCAGCUCCAACACGCCCCCGUGCAGCCAGGAGCCCGACGCCGGGUCCCUUACUGGUAACUGGGACCCCGUCCCGAGGUCCACCGCUCAGGACGCCAGCUCGGACUCUGAAAAUGAACUGCAAAAUAAACAGCACAAGGUCUUGUCUCGCAUCACGUUUGAAACUCAGUGGGAGCAGGAAGAGAAAGAGGACGUGGAGACCAAAGCGGUGGCAACUUCACCUGAUGGAAGAUACCUCAAAUUCAACAUCGAGAUCGGAAGGGGAUCUUUCAAGACAGUCUAUAAAGGACUGGACACAGAGACAACAGUGGAGGUGGCAUGGUGUGAGCUACAGACCCGCAAGCUGACCAAGGCAGAGCGGCAACGUUUCAGCGAGGAAGUGGAGAUGCUGAAGGGCCUGCAGCACCCGAACAUCGUCCGCUUCCAUGACUCCUGGAAGUCGACGGUGAAGGGCCACAAGUGCAUCAUCCUGGUGACUGAACUCAUGACGUCAGGCACGCUCAAAACGUACUUGAAGAGGUUCAAGGAGAUGAAGCUGAAGCUGCUGCAGCGCUGGAGUCGUCAGAUCCUCAAAGGGCUUCACUUUCUGCACACACGCACUCCUCCCAUCAUCCACCGGGACCUCAAGUGUGACAACAUAUUCAUCACCGGCCCCACUGGCUCUGUCAAGAUAGGAGAUCUGGGGCUGGCCACGCUCAAAAGUGCCUCUUUUGCUAAAAGUGUCAUUGGAACACCAGAGUUCAUGGCCCCAGAGAUGUACGAGGAGAAGUAUGACGAAGCUGUGGACGUCUACGCCUUUGGAAUGUGCAUCCUGGAGAUGGCCACCUCUGAGUACCCGUACUCUGAGUGCCAAAACGCUGCCCAGAUCUACCGCAAAGUCACCAGUGGAAUAAAACCUGACAGUUUCUACAAAGUCAAAGUCCCGGAGCUGAAGGAGAUCAUUGAGGGCUGCAUUCGUAUGAACAAGGAUGAAAGGUACACCAUUCAGGACCUCCUGGAUCACCCCUUCUUCCAGGAGAACAAUGGUGUGCACGUGGAGCUGGCAGAGGAGGACGACAUGGUGAAGUCGGGCCUGAAGCUGUGGCUGCGCAUGGACGACACCAAGAAGCUCCACGGGAAGUAUAAGGACAACAACGCCAUUGAGUUCCUCUUUGAGCUCUACAAAGACGUGCCUGAGGAGGUGGCUCAGGAGAUGGUCGUGCUUGGCUUUGUGUGCGAGGCAGACUUCAAGCUUGUGGCCAAGGCCAUACGGGACCGGGUGGCGGCCAUCAAGCGGCAGAGAGAGAAGCUGAGGCGGCAGGCAGAGGAGCGGAAGAAGAAGCAGGAGCAGGAAGCCAUAGAAGAAGAACUCGAGCCUCAGCUCCUUUCACCUAGAGUCAGCGAUGUUGUUGCAGCAGAGUCCCCCACCCCAGCCCUGACACCUCCGGCGGCCAUCUUGUCCCCUGUCACAAGCUCUGCAGACUCUGGUGUUAGCUCCAACUACCCUGCAGAACCAGAGGAGCCUGAGGCAGACCAGCACUUCCACAUCCGCCACAACAGCCUGUCCUCUGCUAACUCUGACUGCGAGACGGAUGGCUAUCUGAGCUCCUCUGGGCUCCAGGAUCCGCUGGAAGCGCCCGCAACCCCUCCCACCAUGCACACCAGCUCCCCGACUGUAAACGGUCUCCCCAUCCCAGCCCUCCGCUUCCCCUCGAGUAUUGCUGUAUCCAACAACAUAGAACAUGGCAACUCAGGGCCCCCGAGUGGCUUCAACUCCCCUGUGGACAGCUACGCCUCCGAUGUGACUUCAGGCUUGAGCGACGGCUACGAGGGCCUAUCAGAGAAGAGUGAGAAAACGGCUGCAAGGCGAACUGCUGCCAAGCUGUUCAGGAGGAGGGCGCGCUCAAGGCUGCGCAUCACAGGGCUCUCUGAUAAAGUGGACCGGGUGGUGGAGUGUCAGCUGCAGACACACAAUGACAAGAUGGUGACCUUCAAGUUCGACCUGGAUGGAGAUAACCCCGAAGACAUCGCUGCUGUCAUGGUGCACAAUGAGUUCAUCCUGCCAUCAGAGAAGGAGGGCUUCAUCCACCGUAUGGGCGACAUCAUCAAACGGGCCGAGGCUCUGAUGGCCAAAGACCAGCCGGCCCACACCAGCGGGCACCGACUCCCCCAGCCUGCUUUCCACAGCGGGGUUAACUCACUGUCUUCCUCACAGCCCAAUCUGCACAGUCACACCCUGCCACGAACGCACUCGUCCUCGUCUCUACCCGACUUCAGUGUGGCUAACCCGAGUGUAGGGGUACGUGGCUCUCCCCCAUGCCCCAAUGGAGACGUCUUCAGUGCAGACAUUACUUCAUCUGGGCGACCUCUAAUACGCUCACAGUCUUUCCACAACGCCCCAGGCUCUCCUCUUCACUAUCAGCACCAUCAUCACCCUGCAUCUCUCCUGCCACACCAGCAGCACUACCACUUACCCUUCAUGGGCCACACUCACUUCCCAUUCCCAUACCCAGGCUCUCUGGGUUCCCCCAAGCCAGCAGGGAUCCAUCCUCCCCUCACACGUGUAGCCAGUAACCCCACCUUCCCUUCUGUUUCCUCCCCAGCCCCCGGGUCCCCCAGUCCUCAGAAUGAGACCUCAAGCCCUGGCAACAAUGAGAACAUCACCCUGUCCCCACCUUCCCCUCAGCAUCCCAACAUGUGGCCCCCCCACACACAGCCCCUAUUUUCCUUGGCUAAUGUCAUCUCCAUGGCCAUGAGCAUGGCUCAGUCUUUCAUCCCUCCUGCGAGCCUGCCCACCCAGGGUAUGACCUCUUUUCCAAACUAUCACCCCCAGUUACCCACUCACGUGGCCCCACAGUCAGGUUACCCCUCUGUCUACCCACAACAGUACCAAAGUCCACCAGCAGAGGUCCCUUACCCCACAGUGGGAAUCCCAGCACAGAACGUCUACCACAGUCCCAAGAAUACACCUCAAAUGGAUGGAGCUGGUUUUCCUCAGGGCAGUCAUUCAAGCUGGCUGCAUCCUGUCUCUCCACCUUCCAUGCCUUCCACUCCUCCACUGGCUCCUCAGGAGCCGCUGCAACAGGUUGGACUCUCCAGUCCCCCCAGCCUGACCCAGGAGGACAGUCUCCACAGUUAUGUGGCCCCAAAGUCAGCACAGGUUCCAGCCCAGGCUAAACUCAAACCACAAGUCUCCAGUUCAAACUCUUCAUCAGAUCUUUCUCCAUCACCGCCAGAGAGCCCAGAAAACACUUUAUCAUCCUUCAGCCCUCAGUUGCACCCCACCGUGCCAGAGAUGAAUGCCAGUACCCCAAAACCAAAAGCCUCUCCCACUGAAUCUGUAGUCCAGUCUGCACCAGUGACUGUUGGGCGAUUCCAGGUGACACCCAGCAUGGACAUCCCUGUGCCUGCUGUGCCUGUAGCUGCUGUACCUGAUACAGUACAGCCUGAAGACAACGGCAGCACCCCGUCAGAGAGCAGCACAGAGGAACAGGGCGAGUCUGAGACCAGCCUGGGCACCUCCCUCACCAUGUCUCCUCCUCACCCAUAUCCCCACAGAGGGUCGACAGGGGUCCUCCAGGAGGUGGACGGGCAGCCGGUAUGGGCUGGAACACAGGAGCAGCAGCAACAGAGCAGAGAAGAGGAGGAUGAAGAGGAGGAGGAGGAGGAAGAGGGAGAGACCGUUGGGGAACGACAGAGAACGAGGAAGAGGAAUCGGAGGAGAGCGUACAGCCUCAGCCUGAUGGGAACGUCUGCGGACAGCGGACUCUCAGUGACGGCUGCUGAGAUGGAGGGGAGGCCGUGGGAUGGAGGGGCGGGUAGCCCGCAGUACAGCAAUGCCCUUCACCAUUUAUGGAUGAUGACUUACAACCGCAACGCUCCCUACCUAAGCAGCGAUGACUCAGACAGUGACGAUGAAGAAAUGCUGGAAGAGCUACAGGAGCUCAGAGAGAAACAUCUGACUGAGGUGCAGGCCCUGCAGGCUGCCCAGAAGAGAGAGAUUGAGGAGUUAUACGAGAGGAUGGGGAAGGUUCCUCCUCCAGGUAUCGUCUCUCCUGCUGCUAUGCUGUCCAGUCGACAGCGCCGCCUGUCCAAGGGGAACGGUUUCCCUUCAUCCCGCAGGAACAGCCUACAGCGCUUGGACAUGUUGCCACUCCAAGGUAUCAUUAGGAGAAACUCCCUUGGAGGCAGCAGCAGCGGUUCCCAGGAUAAACCUAGCAAAGGGGUCACCUUUGCUACUGACAUUAGUAGAAUGUAAGAAACACUCAGCCAAGCACGCUGUGUAUCUGGACUACCUCAUCUGAAGUGUGACUGCAGUGGUCAAACUCAUCAUGAAGGAGGAUCACUUUAACACUUUUCACUGGCACACCCAUCAGCAAAAACUGCUUCCCUCUGCCAGUCGUCAUUUACCUCAAAUGUAUAGAAACUGUCAUCAGUAAAGCUGGAUUUACACAGGAACUGUAACAUCCAGCUUUCAGCCCUUUUGUCAAAUUUGGUGAAGUUGUUGCGGCUGAAGCACGGAAUAUCUACCAAUCUGGUUUGUGUUUAAACUGACAAGUUCCUUUUUGCUCUCUUCUAAAUAAACUGUCAGACCCAACGGUUCAGAAGUGACCAGCUUGAGUCCAGGCUGCCACAGUACCCUGCAAAAUGUCACAUCACAGUUUUAUAUUUUAUAUUUUCUCUGAGAAAACUUUUUGCAUUAACGCAGUCAAGUGAUAUACAAAGUGGCCAAAGGCCUUUUGAGCUGCGGCAGCACUUACUAUGACUUUGACCCAGAAUGACUAUAGUUGCUGUUUUCCUGCUUGUCUGACUCACUGCCGUUAAUCAAUCUGAGCACAGUAAUGUGAACCACAGCGAAGCUCUGACUCUCACUGACAGUUGUCGUACACAGAUGACAACGUUUUGGGUAAUCUCACAACUUAUUUGCUGUAGUUUGUUAAUGAUGUCUCAGCGCCUGCUGACUGCACAGUGAAUAUACUCUCGUUUAGAGGAGCUCUGAUUACUGCCCUCCGGGGGCUGCACAGAGCAGUCUAGAUGCGUUGUGCAGUUUGAUUUAUUCAAAUAUGUAUUAUGAAAACAUUUUGUUGUAGUACAUCUCUGGUUUCUGUAGUGGUUUUGAGACCUGAUAAGAUCACCUACAUAAUCUAGACUCAGCCUGGAGAAGUUUGACUGCAGUCCAGACAUUUUCAGAUGUAGUGAAGAUAACUUUUCACAUUGUACGGCAGUACAAUGAGGCAAUAUCAUGAAGAUGUUAAUGCAUCAGGAAGAAAAAUUGUAUAACAUUUAUCAAUGUUGGCAUGUAGCUUGCUUCAGCAGAAAGAAAACCUGCUUUUCAAACUGUAAAAAGGGGCAGAAGCUUAGAGAACAUCCAUUUCAAAUGCUAUAGCUGGCUUAAAAUGGAAAAUGAAGUAUUUCUUCAUAUUGAUUAGUUGUGAAAAUCCACCUAGGUUUUAGACUACUGGCUUCCCUGUUGUUUGUACAUGUGUAUAUAAUAGAGUGCAUUUAUAGAUCAUGUUUACAAGUUAAGAGUAAACUAAAUAUUUCUGCAACCUUAAUUCUUGCUCAAGCAAAAAUCAUAUUUGUUGCUUGUUCCAUAGAUCAAGCACCUUGUGCACUUUAGUAAAUUCUACUUUAAUUCUCAGUCAUUUAACACGUUUGUGGAUAAAAACUGUGCUCACUCAAGGAAGAGCUAUGUUUCCUGUUAUUUUUCCAUAAGAGAGAGAGACAAUAUUCUUCAGUUUAUGUUUGAUCACAAUGGUAUUGGAUCACAGUAAUGAUGAUCUACCCUCCCACAGUUUUAAAUAAUUAGUGUAUUGUGGGAUACGGAGAAAUCAGUCCAAGCUGUGAAUCUGUAGCUGUUGCCUUAUGAAAAAUAUUCAUAACACACACUGAAUUUUCUGGCAGUCGAACUCCUGUAAGAUUCGUAAUAUAUUCAUAAUAUAAGAAAUUUCUAAAUUUUGAAUGUAAAUAUAUAAUUGUAUUGCUUUCUGAAGCUGCUGUCCUGCCAUGCUGAAUCUGUGCCUUUCCCUUACAAUGUCUUAUUUUAUAUUUUUACUCUCGAGAUUUGGUGGCUAGAUCAGACUCUGUAUAUCAAAUUUUGUCAAAAAAUAAAUGCAACUGUAAAUACCGCUGCUCUUAUGUCAUCAUCACUGCAUGUAGUUACACAGAGACAUAAAUGAUAAA